CAAACAUUGGUUGAGCAGCUUGAGUCACCAUCAACUUGCUUCAGGUUACAAGAUUCCACACUUAUUUUACAGAACAAGGACGGGGGUGUGUUGAGUUUAGAAAAUCAGGGUGGCAAGGGUAAUGUUGACAUUGGAUCUGUCAUUAAGGGUGCCAAGAAGAAGAAGGCAUCUUUGCACACUGUUAAUUUCCAGAUGUUGCAGAACAGAAGUACGGUAACCUGUAGAAAUGCACCUGUGGUACGGAUAGAUAAUAGAAAGUCUGGGAUCCUAUCUACUCACUUUAAAGGGGAAGCAAUCGUGUAUUUACAAAAGUCUUGUAAAGUUUCAAAAGUUGCAGCACUCUUGGUACAAGGAGUGAUCCAGCAGUUGCAUUUAGCUGAAUGUUGGCUUGAGAGACAGCUAAAUGAUAAGAAGUUGUGUGGCAACCUAACAUCAUAUAAUUCCUUACAUUUUCUCUCUGGCCAUGUAGUAAAUGUGAUAUACCCAGAGAACAGUGAUGACAAGAAUUUGGAACCGUACAGGAAAGAUGUACAUGAAGCUUUGAUGUUUCCAAUGAAUCAGCCAAUGGUGAGGAAGGGUAACAGGCUGCCAAUAAUAGAAGCCAAGUCUAAUGUUUUGAAGAAUACGCACAUUGGGUUGAAGCCAUCAUCAGUGUAUGGGGAAAUCUCAGUUGUCAAGGGAAUUUACGGAUAUCAUCACUACAUGCAGGAUAAUUUUAACGAUAAUAAGUGGGGUUGUGCCUACAGGUCUUUACAGACACUAGUAUCUUGGUUUAGAUUCCAAGGUUACACAGAAAAGCCCAUUCCAACACAUUCAGAAAUUCAAAAAUGCCUUGUUGAUAUAGGGGACAAACCUUCAAGUUUUCUUGAUUCCCGUCAGUGGAUAGGAUCAACUGAGGUUGGAUUUGUUUUGGAUAAUAUGUACAAUAUCACUUCAAAGUUUAUUUUUGUCAGUAGUGGAGCAGAUUUGGCAGAAAAGGGCAGGGAAUUAGCAUUUCAUUUUCAGACUCAGGGUACCCCUAUUAUGAUAGGAGGAGGGGUCUUGGCUCACACAAUCAUUGGAGUAGACUACAACACAGAGAGUGGAGACAUCAGUUUUCUUAUUCUAGAUCCCCAUUAUACAGGUAGUGAAGACCUUUCCACUAUCCAAAACAAGGGUUGGUGUGGAUGGAAGGGUCCUGAAUUCUGGGAUCCCAAAGCAUACUACAACCUUUGUUUACCCCAGCGUCCUUUGUGCAUUUAGUUUACCCUAAGGAAGAGAGUUCGAGUGCGUUUAAUCUGUGGCAAAGGAGAAUUUUUUGAGUAACAUUUUUGUGUGUAGGAAGACUGGAAAAAUGAUGGAACACUUUUGGUGCAAUCGACCUAAAAGAAACUCCAUUCGUUGCUUAACAAAACAAGUUGUUUGACUCAGGAUUUUAUUUUUAAUUGUUUUUAUUUCAUUAUUAGUUCAUCUUAUGUAUUUACAUCAGCAGUCGAUUUGUCAGGAAAAUUUAAUUGGCGUCACGUUAGUUUAGUUUUUCAUGCUGUGUAUUUCAUCAGCUUUUGAUAAUUUUAUUUUCUUAGCUUGCCAAUUUGCCAUCAAUUAGAUUGUUGUCAUGAAUGUUAAAGUUGUAUUCUUAUCAGUCAACAAGCUUUGCAACUAUAGGGGAAUUUUGAAAGAAAUAGUUAUCAUGUAAACACUGUUUAGUGUCCUGUUAUUUGUAUUUCAGAUGUUUUUGGUAACAGAUAGCACUGUUACAUUUAUAUUUAUUGUUAUAUUUAUAAUUUUUACAAAUAAAUAACUGUGGUGAUGGAAAAUCCAACUAGUUUUAUAUAAUUCAUAACUUGUGAGCUUCAGGAUAAAUGUAUGGAUUCAGAUGUCAAAAUAUAACAGUAAAUACAAUUUC